UUGCUUCGUGCCUGUGCCUGAGCCCUGCGCCGCCUCCCGUCCCGUCCCGUGUGAACUGGGGUUUUAGCGGCGGCAGCGAGAGAGCGCAGGAGGGGAGGGGAGGAUGAGCCGGAGCCUGGGGAUCCCGGUGAAGCUGCUGCACGAGGCGGCGGGGCAUGUGGUGACGGUGGAGCUGAAGACCGGCGAGGUGUACCGUGGGUCCAUGGUCGAGUGCGAGGACAACUGGAACUGCCAGCUCGACAACAUCACCUUCACCGCCAAGGAUGGGAAGGUGUCACAGCUGGAGCACGUCUUCAUCAGAGGAAGCAGAGUGAGGUUUAUGAUUAUACCGGAUAUGCUCAAGAAUGCCCCCAUGUUCAAGCGCCUGGAAGCAAGGAUUAGGGGUAAAGGAUCAGCUAUUGGAGUUGGACGUGGCCGUGCUGUUGCAAUGCGUGCUCGGGCUGCUGCUGGUCGUGGUGGUGGUCCUGUCGGACGGGGUGGUGCGCCUCCUGUGAGGAGAUAGAUUUGUUCCUGGCACUGUGCCUGCUAUUAUCUGCCUGAGGAAGGUGAUACAGCCUUCAGUUGAAAACUUUGCUUGGGAAUUAAACAGCCAAUAUGCCUCUUGCCUAAUUUAUCUGCUUAAGGAAGUAUGCAUGCAUAUUGGUGGCAUCGAUGUGAUGUAUUAAUGUUAGAUAUGUUAGGCUGAUUAUGAUAUUUCAAAGGUGGAACAUUGUGUUCUUUAAUCUGAUUUGAAUGGCAAGACCACUU